AUGGCCAACAGGGAGACAAACACCGACACUGCGGCGAGAGAGUCCCUGAAAGAGUUCUGUGAAUUUUGUGACGUUGAAUUCCAUGAUACCCUGCGCCAUGUUGUGACGAGAUGGCUGUCACUCAACCCUGCAAUCACCCGCCUGCUGCAGAACUGGGACCCGCUGAAGUCAUAUCUCAUCAGCAUUGGUGAGGAAUGUCCAAGGCGCCUGAAGGAAUUGCUGAAGUUGACAGAAGAUGCUGCUGGAGUUGAGGGAGAGGCAGACAUUGUGGAAGUCUACCUCCUCUUCUGUAAUAAUGUCAUGUGUCUGUUUGAAGAAGUGGUGAAAAAACUGGAGAAGAAUGUAACCACGUCUGUUGACCUCUAUUCCAUCAUGGAGUGUUUCCUGAAAAGAAUUAUUCAGAGAAGAGAUGAUGGAUUCUACGGGUACCUAACAAGACAAAAGCUCCAGCGUCUCUCGCCAUCUGAUGCUGAUGGUGCCAGGCAGGAGUUUACAGCCUUCCUAGACACUGCCAUCAGUUAUGUCCGGAAGUGGUUUGACUUUUCAGAAGAAAACUGGCUUUUCCACCUGCAGCCCCUCUCUCUAGCAUCUGGGAAGAUUUCCUUUGAUGACAUGGAGAAGAUCAUUGAACGGCAUCACCUGGCUGGCAGGUUAAACAUCUCUAUGGAUGAGCUUUAUGAAGAGUGUGUCACUGCAACCAGCCUUCUGAAGCACCUCGCCAAAGAACAUCAGGAGAAGGAAAAGUGGCAGUCCAAGGGAACAGCAGAGAAGUGGAUGGAAAUUCUUCAGGCAGUUGACCUCCCCAAUAUGCAGGCUGUUGUAUCCUUUGUACUCAGCAUCCCAUCUUCCACUAGGUUUGAGGAGAGGAUUUUCUCUCUUAUGAAGAAUAAGUGGACUGAUGUGCGGAACAAAUGUUCUACUGAAUUAAUUAGAAGUGAGCUCAUUGUCAGUCUAAAUUAUGAUAUGUCUUGCUCAGAGUUUUACUCUGCAGUACUGAAAGACAAACUCCUAACUGCAGCAAGAGCUCAAAAAAAAAAUACAAAUGGAAAUAGUAGUCUGUUUCCACAUAAUGCAGCAUUGAGCUUUUGAGUUCAUGAGUUUGUUGGGUUUUUUUACUUCAACUUUCAGCUACAGUCAAGGCCUUUGAGGCACAAAUGUUGUGUUUACAGGUGUUCCACAGACUUUUUUUGCACUUUUCUAAUUGCACUAAAUGUGCACUGUUACAAGAAUGUUUUUCUUUCUAUUGUUUUCUAUUAAUUUAGAUAAUUUUAGGUUAAGCAGGACAGAGUUCUUUGUUUUAAUUUUGUCAUUUUGCAUAAAAAGUGAAGCGUACCAGUCUUUCGUUUAGGAAAGAGACCUAUUUGAUUGUGUUAAUGUUGUCAUUUUGCAUUAAAAAUAAAUGGAUAAAUGAU